CAUAUUGUAGACCAAUUGCGAUGGCUGAUAAGAAAUUUUAUAUACAUACUUGGCCGACAGAACGAAUAUGUGCUAAAUUCAAGAGCGAUUUAACAAAUGGACUAACAACGCCGACGGCUCGAAGUCGAUUGGCUGCGAAUGGGAAGAAUAGAUUUACUUUUCCGGUAAAGCCCGAAUCGAAACUUCGCAGAUUUAUGAAAAACUGUUUUCAUGCCUUUGGAUUGGCAACAUUAUUGAGUUCGAUUUCGUGUCUUUUUUUGUACAAUCUGGAUGUUGCGGACGAUCGGAAAAUCGUCCCAGAAUAUUGUAUUUCUGGUGUGGUAUUGUUAGCUGCAUUCCUUAUCUCUGGAUAUUUGCGAUAUCUGCAGGAGAAUAAUGAUUAUAAAGUGGUUGGGGCUUUUAAGAAUCUAAUGCCUAUGUAUUGUACAGUUCUCAGAGAUGGACGUAAACAGAUCAUACGAUCGGAAAAUGUUGUAUUAGGUGACAUUCUAAUGAUCACAUAUGGGGAACGUAUUGCCGCCGAUGUUCGCAUCUUUUUCUCGAACAAUUUGGAAUUAAACAACGUUGCCUUAACUGGCAUCUCUGUACCCGUUGUAAUUAGUCCGGAAGUGACUCAUGUAAACAAAUGGGUGGCUCGCAAUGUUGGAUUUGCCUGCAGUCACGUUAUGAAAGGACAUGGCAUGGGAAUUGUGAUUGCUUGUGGAAAUGAUUCCGAAGUUGGGGUCAUGGCACGUUUAAGCAUGGGAACUCGUCCUACCAGCAGGGCCCGUAUACAUAUCAAACAGGUCCGAAUAUAUACUAUAAUUCUUUGUGCUAUAAUGUUGUUUGGCCUCUUUAUCACUGUCUCCAUGAAGAGUAAGUUUGAAAAGAUGUGGAUUGAGUACAAUGUAGGCGUGGCAGUUGCCUUGGUUCCCCUGCAUCUGCCCGUUCUGGUCUACUUUGGUUUGUGGCAUACUCGGAAAAAGUUGCUGGGAAUGGGUUGCUAUGUGCGAAACAUGGAGGCUGCCUCAACUCUAGGAAAAACUACAGUGAUUUGUAGCUCUUUGAUCGGCACACUGACCAUGAAAGAGUGGCGAGUAUCGGAAGUGUUUGUCGAUGGAGAACUGUUGAGGGCCAAGGAAAUCGAUGUGGAAAAUUUGAGCUCCUCUUUUGAGAAGCUCAUUCAGAUUUCAGUGCUCUGCAACGACGCAUCCGUGAGUCCUGGCCAAAGGGGCGUACCUAAAAUGCUGAAAACCCUCUACGGCUCUAGCUUUGACAAAGCGGUCUAUAGGUUCGCCAUGAGCAUUAUUCCCGACAUUCAGCACGUUCGUCACAAUCACGAACUGUUGACCUACCAAACCUACAACAGCAUGGACCAGAUACAUGUGACCAUUCACAAGAAAGUGAAUCACAUUGGUCUCAUAAAGUAUUUGCUGCUCAUCAGAGGUCAUUUUAGUGUGGUGCUAAAUAAUUGCACCACUUAUUUUAUUGACAGAGAGAUUGUGCCACUAAAUGAGACUCACAGAGAUACUAUCAGAAAUGAGGCACUUAAACUAAUGAUGACCGGACGUCAGUCCUACGUCUUCGCCUACAAGGUGUUGAGCCAAGAGGAGCAUACAUUGAUAGCUGGAUUAACCUACGAUUUCAAUGUGAAAAACAGCGAAUCUUUCAGAAAUCGUUUGCCCGAAAUCGCCCAUUCUCUGCACUUUCUGGGCAUGAUCGCCAUAUACGAUCCUCCAGUUUAUAAUAUCAAUCAAGCUGUGGAAAAAUGCCGAUCAGCAGGAAUUAAGCUCGUGCUUUUCACCAGAAGUGAUGUGAAUUUUUCCCGUGCUAUUGCCAAAACUGUGGGCAUUAUUGGCCCCGAUCAUGAGACCGUUGAGGACAUAGCAUUGCGCCUAAAAAUACCAGAGUCUCAGGUCAAGCGCAGCAUGAUAACAGCGGCUGUUAUCAAUAUGCGAAACUGGCAUAAGAAGCUGCAUCAUCAACGUUGGGACACCAAGCAAUUGCUGCUCUCCCAUCCGGAUGUGGUCUUUGCAGAAAUUGCUGUUGAGCAGCGCCACAUGAUUGUCGAGGUGUGCCAGGAACUGGGUGCGGUGGUCACCGUGAUUGGCAGCACCGUCCAUGACACAUGUGCCAUACGACGGGCGAAUAUUGGCGUCGCCGAAGGUGCCUCAUCGGAAGCAAGUCAAUCCUGUGCCGAUAUCAUAUUGGUGAGCAGCAACUUUGUCACAUUGGUGGCCGCCAUCGAGGAGAGUCGUCUGCUCUAUGAAAAUAUGAAGAAAGCCCUGGCCUAUUCGUUGUCCUCGAAUACUGCAAUUGUAUUGAUUCACAUUGCGUUUUUAGUAAUGCAGAUUCCGUUCCGGCUGUUUCUGGUCGUUUACUUACUUUUGGACAUCUUUGUCAGCAUGGUGCCUGCCCUAUCGCUAUUCUACGAGCCUGCCGAGGAAAACCUGAUGAGACAAAAGCCAAAGAUCUCUGAUGAUUAUGUUUUAAAUAAACGCCUGGUUUUUAUUGCCUUUAUACAAGUGGGCGUCAUUGAGGCCAACGUCGUCUUUAUCACCUACUUUGUCUUCAUGGCAUAUAAUGGAUUUCUACCAAGAAUGUUGAUAGGAAUGCGCCAAGAUUGGUACGACAAUUUCAAUAAUGAUAUUGUGGACUCGUAUGGCCAAGAAUGGACUAGGUAUGCUAGACAGCAGCUGGAAUAUCAGGUCUCAACGGUUACCCUCUUGACACUGAUUAUAAUGCAAUGCGCCAAUCUCAUAUUAAUUAAAACAGGUCGAGCGAAUCUUUUAAGUCAUGGAUUUAAAAACGCCUGCUUAAAUAUUGCAGUCUUCUAUUUGAUCGGUCUUGGCAUUCUCUUGUCAUUUCUGAAUAUUCCGGAAUACUUAAGAAUUUCCUCUGUUUUUUGUCCCUCCUUGUUCUUGUACAUUGUGCCAUCUUUAAUACUACUUAUAGUCUUGGAAUCUGCCCGUCGGUAUUUAUUAAGGCGUUUUCCAGACAGCUGGUUGGAACAUGAGACAUAUUACGGAUAACCAAUUCUCUUAUCGAAUAUAUUGCUAAAAGAAAUAUGAAUACACUUGUAUU